AUCAGUGUGACAUGACAGUUGCCUUAACCUCAAACAUUUCCAAAGUCAAACUUUCGAAAUGGUUGACGAAGGUACCAGAAAAACCUUAAGCGGCAUUCCCCUUUUGCAAACGAAAGCAGGCCCCAGAGACAAAGAGCUAUGGAUACAGCGGCUAAAGGAAGAGUACCAGUCGCUCAUUAAAUACGUUCAAAAUAACAAAGAGGCCGACAACGACUGGUUCCGGCUGGAGUCCAACAAGGAGGGCACGCGAUGGUUCGGUAAAUGUUGGUACAUUCACGACCUACUCAAGUACGAGUUCGAAGUUGAAUUCGACAUUCCGGUAACUUACCCGCAUACCGCUCCGGAAAUCGCGUUGCCAGAACUCGACGGUAAAACCGCCAAAAUGUACAGGGGCGGAAAAAUCUGCCUAUCGGAUCACUUCAAACCACUCUGGGGUCGGAAUGUGCCCAAAUUCGGAUUGAGCCACGCGAUGGCACUCGGGCUCGGACCUUGGCUUGCGGUUGAGGUACCAGAUUUGAUCUCGAAAGGGAUAAUUACGUAUAAGGAAAAGGAACCUGAAAAAGCGACAUAGUUUAUUGUUUAUUAUAAAGAAGCUGCUUGUUUUUGUAUUACAUUGUAACUAAAACUAUUUACAUUGAUUUAACAAAAA